AUGGUGUCGACUACAACAUUAUGUAGUACCGGAUUGCCCGCAAAGUAUUCGAUUAUCGGUAAACCACGACACCUGGUGUCCUGUACUCUUAUUCUGCUUCAAUCCAAUGCAUCUCUUUGCAGAACGACCACAGUGCUCCCAGACGGAACAACAUUGCGCGUUGUGCCUCCACCAGUGAAGGGUGGCAAGGACAAGCUAGACCAGGGGCGUCUCCGUGAGAGAUGGAAAACGUUGGAGGUAUCUUUUGAUCGCGUCCUCGGGGAGAGCGCAGGGCAGGGUGACGUGUACGAUCAAGUCAAAGCGUGCGUACGCUUACCUUUCGCAGGCGUGAACGCCUGUGUUUUCGCGUACGGCCAGACUGGCUCCGGGAAGACACACACUAUGGUCGGAGAUAUGCCGAAGCAAGAAACAUUUGACGCAGAGCCAGCGUCAUUGAUAGCGAAGGGCAACACCAUGGACGGAUUGGCAUCUCCUGGGGCAAGGACGAAAGGACACGGAGCGGCGAAAAAGGCUGCGUUGGAGGGAAGAAAGUCGGCGGAAAGCAACAAUAGCAACACAGGAGAAGUCCCGAGAGGAGAAAGAGCAGGCGUGAUUCCGCGCGCUGUGAGAGACAUUUUUAGGCUCGUGAGGCAAGGCGGUGCAGAAGAAGUAGGUUCACCCGCACCAGGCGGUGGACAACAAGGCUCGCUGCAUCGAACACCAGGCAUCUACGGCCCCGGCAAGGCCAAACCCAACUUGCGAGGCACAGCCUUCCCUUCUAGUCAGCGUGGUUCUAGGAGUGAACAGCAGACGCGCUCUGCCAGUAGCAGUGGCCGUGGCAGCUCGGCCUCUGAUCCAAACACGUAUGCUGGGGGUACGAGCCACAGCGCCAGCAGCAGUCGAUCGAGCUGCUCAGAUGGCCUGCCUCCACCACAGGUCCCAUCCGCGGCACACUGGCCGCUCGACGAACCUGCGGUCUACAUCCCUCGCACCCGAAGCUCCAAGGAAAAUAAUUCAUCGCCAUUAGUGUAUCCCGGAAAACGGGUGAUCCCACCCGACAGCUCGGAAUCGCCUGACGCUGCUGCCGGAAGAGAGGGAGAGCACGGUGGGGUUGAGGGGCCUUCGAACUCUGCUCGAGAGGCGUGCAUGACGGUAGCAACAACGGCUGCCACCAGAUGUGACGUGGAGUGCUCGUACAUGCAGGCAAGUGUACGCCUUCGAGCGCAGUCUAUCACGGGGGAUAUGACUUUACUAGUGAACAGAACAAGGGGCACCAGCAGCAAGGGGACGAGGAAAGAAACCGCUAGCCGAGCGCACGACGUGACAUCAUGCCGACGAAUUCUGAACUACUUACCAUUCUGCCAGGUGUACAAUGGCCGUGUGUACGACCUCCUUUCAACAGAGGAUUCCAACGAACAGAGGCCACUCCGGGUACACGUCACCGCAGGCAGGCCGGCUACGGCGACGAAGCCGUGCCACCGUGCCCACGUCGCGGACAGCGAUAGCCGGGGUGUGAACAACACCGAGAGGAAAAGCAAUGCUAACUCUACAACGGCAGCGGGGACAGGGAGCUACGGCUCUUCUUCGUUGCCCCGCGAGUGUAGCGCAAGUGGUAGCCGGGUCGUUGGGCUGUCGGUGCACCCGGUGAACAACGCCGAGCAGGUCAUGGAGCUCCUCCGGCAGGGAGAUCGAAACCGUCGAGUCAGAUCCACCGAGAUGAACUCACACAGCAGUCGCAGCCACACCAUUGUCCAGUUCACCAUCACCAGCACUCGAUCUACAGCUGAACCUGGCAUGGAAACUGCCCCACGCCUAUCAAGUGGGGGAGAUUACAGCGAAGUUGGUGUGGUUGUAGCUACCGACGAGUCUCAAGCGACAACAGACCAGAUCAGGACAGUCUCACAGCAUCCCGGGGAAGUCAGCAACGGAGACGGUGAUGGCACUGCCGAUAAAACUGCCCACGGCAACCACCAACACAGCAGUAGCCCCCACGGCAGCCACAGCCGAAACGACGGUGGCACUGGCGUGAUGAUGAUGGUGCCGGAACACCGGUCCGAAACGGGCUCCGGCAACGCUGUCGUGACAACUCGAGCCAAGCUGAGCCUAGUGGAUCUAGCGGGCAGUGAAAAGGGGGGGGCAGGGACGCAGACAGGAUUGGCGGGAGGGCACAAACAGACGAGGGGAUCCCAAUCGCAACGCGGACCGCAGUUGCAAGGCGGGUUGGGGCCGCAAGGGGUGCCGUCGCAAACCCAUGGCGAAAGCAGCUGGAAGGCUCAGGAGAGGGAGCGAUCGAGGAUCAACUCGAGCUUAAGCGCUCUUUCGAACUGCAUCGCGUGCCUGGGAGAGGCACGAAGAACGCACGUCCCCUUCCGGGAUAGCCCUUUGACGAGGUGA